GAUGAAGGUAGCGUCAGACCCAGACAGAAAUUGCUACGUGGAUAGGAAGUGGUGAGCAGCUAAUGCUAGCUAGGCUAAGUUGAGAGCGACUACCAAAACAAACGAUGACUGCCAGGCAAAGAAGCCAACACAAGAUUGGAUUUACCAUGGGAAUUCAUUUGAUCUGACCGCUGAUUAGGUGUAGAAUUUCUGAUAGAUAUUUGUACGUGACACAAUUGUUAUGAGCUUCAUAUUUGGGGUGGCAGCUUUUUUAGCUGAAACUAUCUGGCACCGAUGCUUUCAAUGUAAACCCAAGGCUAUGCGUUUACUAGCGUCAACUUCCAGCUUUGCUAAUUAGCUCUGGAGUGGCUAACCGUAAACAAGGCUGUACGAAAAAACUAAAACUGACAUUUGGCAACGGGCUAGCUUCGACCAACAAAAAAUGCAGAGCUAGGUUAAGUGACAGUGUUUGGUUGCGUUGGAACCAUUUUAAAAUUCUCGCAUCAAAUUCGUAAGCGUUAGCUGGCUAGCUAGCUUCGUUAUCAGAAUGAGUUGGUUCAACGCCUCUCACUUGUCUAGCUUCGCCAAACAAGCUUUAACAACAGCUCAGAAAUCAAUAGAUCGUGUUUUAGACAUCAAAGAAGAGGACCAAUGGGGUGACACAGUUGUAAUGCCUUAUGAAGACGUUUCAUUACCAGGGAAGCUUUCUUUGAGUGGAGGGUGGGGGAUGACGCAGUGGGAAGCGCCUGCUGAGGAAAAGACCACCACUCCUCCUCCAUCCUCAGAGGCCAUUACUACUCCUGUCACGCGUACUGUUGUGGAUGAAUCAGAGAACUUCUUCAGUGCCUUUCUGUCGUCCGGAGACGUACAAGCUGUCACCAAAUCCCAGGUUGUGUCUGUACCCCCCUCUAAGUCUCAAAGACGACCACAAGAAAAAAAGGAAAGUGAAGUAGCUGUGGCCCAAAAAGAUGAGAGCCAAACGUCGGGACCUGUUGACGAGAGUCUUGAAACUCAAACAGUUGUCGAGAAGCAGCCUGAGGAGCCCAAGUCGUCAGCAGUAGCAUCUAAUGUGGAUGCAAUCCCGCUUCUCCCAGUCUCUCCUGCUCCUUCUUCCAGUGAACCCCCAUCUGACACUAAGGGUGAGGAGACCAGUGUAGAACCAGAUGUUACUUUAACGCUUUCUGAGGAAUCAAAAACUGGAGACUUUGACUCUUCUCCAAGCCAACAGUUGGAACAGGAUGACAAAAAGUCCACUGAGCCUCCUGCUUCUGAGGAUAAGAGCUCCACCCACGCAGAUCCUUCGGCUUCCACAUCUUCUAAAGAAGUAUUUCCUGAUCACAAAGACUUGAAGGCCGAGGAUCGCCAAAACGAAACACCGUCCCCUCCAGUUAGCGCUUUCUCCUCAGGAACCUCAACCACCAGUGACAUUGAAGUUCUCGACCAUGAGAGUGUGUUGAGUGAAAGCUCCGCCAGCUCCAGGCAGGAAACGGGUGAGAGCAAAACUGGCCUUCACUUGAUGCAGGGCUCCUUCCAGCUCCUCACUGCCUCCACCUGUGGGGAUUUUCCCCGCCUGGAGGACUACCCCAAACUCACAGAGAGCUGCGGCUCCUCCUCUGAUGCGUUUGAGCGGAUCGAUUCGUUCAGCCUGCAGUCCCUGGAUAGCCGGAGUGUCAGCGAGGUGAACUCGGACGACGAGAGCCCCGGCAGCCGGACUCUGGCGUCGGUCACUGCGGGCGCUGCUUCUUUGUCAGCGUCAUGUCAGAAGCAGGAGGACGGGGUGGUGGAGAAGGUGGCUGAGGAGGAAGAGGAAGAGGUGGAGGGAUUCACUGAGACGGCAAGGGAGCAGUCGCUGGAUGAGAUGGAGGAAAGCGGGCGCAGUGCAACACCUGUGAACAGUGAGCCGGCCGAAGAACUGACCGAGCUGGGAGGUGAUGCUACUGUGUCCACUGCAGAGGAACAGGCCACUCCACCAAUCACAGAGGAGAUGAAGAGCGUGUCCACCGUACAGAUAUUGGAGCUUCAAAAGGUUAUUGAUGAUCUGUCAAGCCGCCUGGAGAAGAGAGAGUCUCAACUGCUGGUAGUCAGCAAAGACAAGGCCAAGCUAGAGGAGGAGUGUGACAACUUGAAAGAUGAAGUGAUAAGCCUGAAAGAGGAGAGCUCCACCGUUCAGUCCCUAAAGGAUGAGUUCACACAGCGCAUAGCAGAUGCAGAGAGAAAAGCUCAGCUCGCCUGCAAAGAGAGAGACAUUGCCAAGAAGGAAAUAAAGGGCUUGCGAGAGGAGCUUUCAACAAGGCUAAACUCUAGUGAUACAAUGGAGAUCAUCAGAGAGAAGGAGGAGCAGAUCAGAGGUCUGCUGGAAGAGGGGGAAAAGCUCUCCAAGCAGCAGCUGCAGCACAGCAACAUAAUCAAGAAACUGCGUGUGAAGGAGAAGGAGAGCGACUCAAAGAUCGCCAAGCAGCAGAGGAAAAUUAAGGAGCAUGAAGAGGAGCUCCGCCACCUGCAGCAGGUUCUAGAUGGGAAGGAGGAGGUGGAGAAACAGCACAGGGAGAACAUCAAGAAGCUGAAUGCUGUGGUGGAGCAGCAAGAGAAGGACUUGAGCAGGCUGCAGCUUGACUCCGAUGAUCUGCAGGAGAAAAACAGGAGUCUACAAGCUGCUCUUGACAACUCCUAUAAGGAACUUGCAGAACUUCACAAGGCACAUGCCAGCCGAGCCAGUGAGGCUCAAGUGGCAGCGGUUAGCAGGGAAACCCAGGCCAAAGAGCAGCUGGGCCUGCUUCUUGAAAAGGCCCAGGAGGAGGCGAGGAUGCAGCAGGAAGCACUGUCCAACCAGGUGGCUGACUUGAGGCUUGCCCUGCAGAGGGCUGAGCAACAGCAGGCAAGAAAAGAAGAUUACUUAAAGGAGGAGAUCAGUGAGCUCCAGCAGAGACUGCAGGAGGCUGAGAAUAGGAAUCAGGAGCUCAGCCAGAGCGUCACCUCGGCCACACGGCCCUUACUGCGACAAAUUGAGAACUUGCAGGCCUCACUGGGUGGACAAACUGCAUCCUGGGAAAAACUCGAGAAGAAUAUCUCUGACAGGCUUGUGGAUGCUCAGGCACAGCUGGCUGUUGCCGUGGAGAAGGAGAGAGCAGCGUCCGAGGAGCUGUUAUCCAUCAAGUCUCAGCUUGCCUCUCUAGAAUCCCAAAAUUCUUUGCUGCGGCAAGAAAAAGCCAGACACAUGGCACAACUGGAUGCUGAGAAAAACAAAAGAGAGAAACUGGAAGAUGAAAGCAGCAGAGAACAUAUUGAAUUGACAAAUCUGCGAGGGGAGCACAGCCGCAUGCUAGAAGAAGCCAAAAAAGAGAAGCUGUUGCUGUCAAACCAGCUAGAGAUGGAGAGGAUGAAGGUAGAGCAAGAGAAGAAGAAGUGCUACCUGGCACAAGAAGCACUAAAAGAAAAGGAGCGGAAAGCUAUGAGCCUUUCUGUUGGAGAGCCCCCGGCGUCCUCCACACCCUCCCUGUCUCGCUCCAGCUCAAUCAGCGGGACAGAUAACGCUGGACUGCACGCUUCUUUUCUGUCUCAGGAUGAAGCAGACCAUUCUCUGGGAACAAUGACCAUGUCUAUGUCAAUGAGUGGGACCAACCUGUAUGAGGCAGCCAGACUGUCUGGAGGCUCCAGCAUCCUAGAGAACCUGCAGUCUCAGCUCAAACUGAGAGAAGGAGAAAUAGCACAGCUGCAGCUCGAGAUUUCCAAUUUGGAGAGAAGUCGCUCAGUUAUGGCAGAAGAGCUGGUUCGACUUACGAAUACAAACGACGAGAUGGAAGAGAAGGUGAAAGACAUCCCCAAGCUCAAAGUUCAGCUCAAGGAUCUGGAGCAGAGACACAACACCAUUCUACAAAUGUAUGGAGAAAAGGCGGAGGAAGCAGAAGAACUGAGACUGGACCUUGAGGAUGUAAAAAAUAUGUAUAAAACCCAGAUUGAUGAAUUGCUGAAGAACCAGAAAUAAAGUGGUUCACUAACGGGACUUCUGGGGGCAACAAUCAGUGGACAGUUUUAUUCACAAAUGUGUUCACAAACAGACAUUGGGAAAAUCAUUUUAGUUUAAUCACUGUGAAGAUUUUUUUUUCUUUAUUAUUUUAUUUCUAUUAAUGAUCACACACUUUAUUUAAGCAGGGAUGUCGGGGUUUUCUUAAACACAUUGUGGAAUUAGUAUGAAGGAUAGUCACUCUUUGAGUCACUCACAUUUUGACUCUUUGGAUUUACUUAGACACAGCUUAUGAUUAAAUCUGUCAUAAUGUCAUGCAUAAAGACUUCUGAAGUGUACAACACGCUGAAUGUUUUUGCACUAGACAAAUUCAUAUAUCAAUAUUAAAUGCACAUUCAUGACGGUGUAUAGAUUAUGUGUAUAUAAAUACUGCUGUACAGAGAAAUGUAUGUAUUGUAGGUGUAGACCUGAGAGUAAUCGGUGAUAGAAAUCCUGAAGAGUGGAUUUGAAACUGUAAACAUAUGUAAAUGAAUAAACGUUUAUUUGAUCGAUGGUUAAUUUAAAUGCCAUAAAUCCACGUCUUAAAGUCACAGAGUAAACAGAAAUUCACACAUGAUUUUAAUGCUGUUGAGACUUCCAAUAAAUCUCCGGGUCGUAAAUAAUUUAGUGUA